CGACGAGGCAGUUUGAACCCAGACUCAGACAUAUCUCCUUAAAAAUGCCACCUGCCGGAACUCAGCCACUUAAGCCUCCGGCGCCAUCCGCUGCUUCGAAAGAAGCCAACGAAUAUAUCCCGUCUUUCAUCUCCAAAAAGCCAUUCUACAUUGGGGAAGAUGACCAGAACGACUACCUCGAACACCAGCGGCUACAGAAGGCGCAAUCCGACCAGUCAAAGUGGUAUGAUAGAGGCAAAAAGCUAGGCCCUGCGGCGACAAAGUUUAGGAAGGGUGCAUGCGAGAACUGCGGGUCUAUAACACAUAAGACGAAGGAGUGCCUUAGUCGGCCAAGGGCGAAAGGCGCAAAGUGGACAGGGCUCGACAUCCAAGCCGAUGAAGUUAUACAAGAUGUCAAUCUGGGUUGGGAUGCAAAGCGAGAUCGUUGGAAUGGAUAUGACUCGAAGGAGUAUAAGACGGUUAUCGAGGAAUAUGCCCAGUUAGAAGAGUUGAGGACGAAAUCCGUGGCAAAUGAAGCAGCAGACGAAGGAGAAACUGGAGCUGAUGACGGCGCAAAGUACGCGGAGGAAUCCGACAUGGGAAGGCACCAAAGCACAUCGACGAGACAGUUGCGCAUUCGAGAGGAUACCGCAAAAUAUUUACUGAACCUCGAUUUAGACUCUGCAAAAUAUGACCCUAAGACAAGGUCCAUGGUGGAUAGUGGAGCAACAGCAGAUACUGCCGCUGCACUCGUGGCAGAGGAAGGGUUUAUGAGAUCAUCUGGCGACGCUGCGGAGUUUGAGAAGGCACAGAAAUAUGCCUGGGAGUCUCAAGAAAAGGCUGGCGAUACAAAGCAGCAUCUCCAAGCAAACCCCACCUCUGGCGAAUAUUAUAGGAGAAAGGAGCGUGAAGAGGCUGAGAAGAAGCGAUUGCUUCAAAAGAAGAUGCUAGAGGAGAAGUACGGUGCUUCAGGAAGUACUGUACCCGAAGGCCUUCGCGACACUGCUGUUACCGAGUCCGAAAGAUUUGUUGAGUACGACGAAACCGGCGCACUUAAAGGGGCACCGAAAGCAGUAGCAAAAUCAAAAUAUGCGGAAGAUGUUUUAAUUAAUAACCAUGCUGCUGUAUGGGGUAGCUGGUGGUCAAAUUUCAAAUGGGGCUAUGCUUGUUGUCAUUCAAUAGUCAAGAAUAGCUACUGCACAGGCGAAGCAGGGAAGGCGGCGUUCCACGAAGCAGAUCAUCUUCGUACUGGCGGGGCUCUUGAAAGAGAAGCUGCGCCCUUGAAAAUAACCGGCCGGCCGGAACGCGCUGAGUCGGAAGCGGAAGCAUCAGCCAACAAGGACCCAGCAAGCCAAGAUGCUACGAAGAAGCGCACAUUGGAGGAGAUGAAAGGCGAUGUGACAGAAGAGGAUAUGGACGAGUAUCGGCGGAAACGGGCAGCUCCAAACGACCCCAUGGCUCACCUACUAGGCAAGGAUAAGCUUUUGUAAUUUAAAUGCCGGGGUGUAAUUCUGGAUAUAUUUAGCGUCAGUCGUUGAGGAGUGCCAUGGUGAGCUGUUCGGAGUCUAAGAAGCCCACCCAGGAAUAAAAUGCAAUCUGAAAGGCGCUCUUAUCAGUGUAUAUUAGAUAAGUGUUUCGCUCUAUUUGUGAACCAUAUCACAGUUGUAUGAAGCAGGAACAGUUGGAGCAGCUGGUGAUUGGGAUUAGUAAAUAGAAAAAUGUUAAUAUGACCGCCAAAAACAUGUAGGUGGUCUGCAAAUGCAGCAAUGAAUUUAUACGUUUACACCAGAACAAUCCCGUCAUAAAGCUGAUCAUGGUCACCCACCAUAUUGGUCUACGCCGCCAGGUGGUCUACUGGCGUUGUAUGGAAAAUCACUUGAGAUAUAAAAGGUCAGAAGCUAUUUAGGCUGACCAUGGAAAACGUGG